AUGGCGUAUACAAUGACAGUGCUACCAACUUCAAAUCGAGAAUGUAGUAUAGAAUUGGACAAUGAUUCUACGAAAACGUUUGAUGCCGAAUGCAUGAAUAUUGAGACCUUAGCGCAACUCUUAGCACUUAAAUCCACAGAGUUGAUGCAAUUGCAACGCACUCAUGAGGACUACGUUAAAUCAAGCUGCGAGUAUGAACGUGAACUCGAGACUGAGCUUGAGCAAUUUGAAAAAAAGACACAACAGCUUGAAUUAAUGAAACUACAACACGAGCGCGAUAAAAGUGUUUUGAAUACUGAUGUGAACGAAUACAAAGACGAAUUACAAUCGACACACCGGCGGGAACUUUUGCUUAAAAUGCAAUUGGAAGACAUGAAGUGGAAGAUUCAGAGAUUGGAACAAGCGAAUGAUGAGCUGGAGACUUCGGCUCGGGUGGCUCGAGCUACGAUUGAGGACCUGCAUCACAAAACUGAGACGUUACAAGAGCAAACUGUCUUUUUGGCUCAUGAGAAUGAAGAGCUACUUAAGCAGCUUUCGUCUAUAAUGGUUGCUGAGGUACAUCCGGCAUCAAUAGAAGCCUUUGAAAUUGCUAGUCUUCGCAAUUCUCGUAAAUCUUCGUCGCAUCAUUCCGAUUCGAUUCAAGAAGAAAUCUCGUUGAAAACGAAGCAAAGGAGAGGUCGUCGCCCGGAAGUGCUUGAGACUUGUCUCCACCUUACUUGUCGAAAGUGCCGCGCAAACUUACCCCAUGCUCACAAUGGAGGAAGUGACAAAAAAGGCUCCGUCUCCAAUUUCUUUGAAAGACUCCGAAAUUUCCUGUUUUGUCAUGAACGCUGA